AUGGAAUCUCUGUUGAUAAACCUCAAAGAACAGGUUACUUGUGCAAUCUGUCUGGAUAGUUUUACCGAUCCCAAGACAAUAACCUGCCUGCACACAUUCUGCUGUGAGUGUUUGAAGAAACACGCACUGAUCAGCCAAAGGAAUGGAAAGUUUCGCUGCCCCGAGUGUCAAGCUGAAGUCGAUCUUCCCGAAGCAAACUGUUUCGACAAACUACCGUCUAGUUUUCAUCAUAAAAGGUUGCUCAGUCUUCUCGCUGUUCGACAGAGCGGCGUUGGGAACGAAAUCAGUUGUGGCAUUUGCAAGAAAAAGAGCGCAGAGAUAAGUUACUGCUUCGAAUGCGCCAAAUUCAUGUGCAAUGACUGUGUAAACGCACAUCAACUGAUGAGUCAUUUUACAGAAGGACACAAGGUGACGCCAGUCAAACAGUUCCAACCUCAAGAUUUCGAAGCCCUGAUGAAGAGGCAGUCAUUUUGCUCGCAGCAGUAUCACGAGCGAGAGAUUGUAAGAUUUUUCUGCCUCAAAUGCAAACUGUGUGUUUGCCAAAUUUGCAUCGCUACAGAUCACAAGUCACACGAGGGCCAUGAUGUAGAACUACUGGAUAAAGUGGCGGAUGGCGAGAAAGUCAACAUCCGAAAGAGAGGCGAACAGUUAAAAGAAAAGACCAAACUUUACAGCGAUGCGGUUUUCAAGCUUGAACAAACAGAGUUUGAGCUGCAUACAAAUAUUGCUAAUGCUAACCAUGAAGUUUCCCAGACAGUGGAACAAAUCAUCGCCAAGAUUCGUGAAAGUGAACGCGAUAUUAUCACCCAUCUCGAGAACACGCGCGAGUCUCGAUUGGAAAUGUUAAACUCGGCAAAGAGACAAGUACAGUCCUUACUAAAGCAGGUCAACCAAGCAGUCGAGUUUGCUGAACAUCUCGUGCAAAAAAGCUCCAGUUCGGACAUAAUGCAAAACAAAGCAAAACUACAGCAGCGUUACAACGAACUUGAAAACGCUCACAUCCCAGAAGUUCCGGUCAGUUCCUUUGUGAAGUUCCUCCCGAAUUUGGAACUAGAGAAAUUAAGCGUUGGUUUUGUAGCAACAAGUGAAACGAUCAUCAAGGGACUGAAUCAAGAUAUCCAAGCUGGUGUAGAAUCAGAGUUCGAUGUUAAUCCCAGAAUCCCUAAAGAACAAGCGCAUGGAGUUAAAGUCAAAUUUCAAUGUGAGGUGCUCGUGGAACCCACUGAGAAGGUAGGAAGUUUGAGAAAGUACGUGAAAGAAGAUGCUACACUAGUGAAAUUUGUACCUAAAGUUCCUGGUACUUUUAACAUCACAGUCAAAAUAAAUGGGAAGGUUUUUUUAGCCAAAGCAGUCCAGGUGAAACAACGGCUCAUUCAGGUUUUGGGGGAGUUGAAAAACGAAACUUUUGAAAAACCAAGAGGGGUGGCUGUGAACAGCAAAGGGCAAAUUGCUCUUGUUAACAGCCAAAAACACUGUGUUCUCAUAAUUGACAUGGAAGGAAUCUGUAUGAGAAGAGUAGGUUGCUAUGGAAAAAAUGAAGGACAGCUUUUUGGUCCAGCGGGUGUCACUUACCUAAAUGAUGAUAACAUUCUUGUGGCUGAUGAAUUAAAUCAUCGCAUUCAACAAUUUAAUGUUCAAACUGGAGACUUUGUGAAGAGCUUUGGGAAGAAAGGGACAAGAGACGGGGAGUUUCAGAGUCCUCUCAGUGUUUGUGUGGAUGAUAAAGGACGCGUUAUCGUGACUGACUGCCGUAACUAUAGGAUACAAGUUUUAUCACAGGAUGGUGAACCUUUGUUUAAAUUUGGAGACAGUGGACCAGAAAAACUAAGCCGCCCCUUUGAAUGUGUUUACCAUGAGAACAAGUUCAUUGUAUGUGACUGUGAUGAUGAUUCUCUGAAAUUUUAUGACAGUUCAGGGAAGUUUCUGUAUAAGAUAGGAGAACUAGGCAAGGGUGAUGGACAGCUGAAUAGUCCUUCAGGACUGUGUGUCCACAAAUGUGGCGAUCACUAUAACCUUAUUGUAUGUGAUAAAGACAAUGGUCGUGUUGACCAGUUUACAUUAGAGGGUUGUUUCAUUGGAAAAACUGAUUAUAAGUUUAAAGGUCUCUCAAGAAUAACUACAACACCGGAUGGCCUUAUUUUAGUUUCGGACUUCCAGGCCAAUAAAUUAUACAUUCUAAAAUAG